CCGUGCCAAAACUCCUCCUCCGAGUCCCUCGCCCAUUUACCCCAUAUUGUGGACUCGGUCCCUUGGAUUGCGCCCCCCCCCGCGUCGUGCCCAUCGAAACUCCACAGCAGUUUGGCGCUACUGUCCUCAGUACGACGCCAUGCUUGGGCCCGCGCCUCUCCAGCAGUUCCCCAGGGAGGAAAUCGUCCUUGUCGAGUCAUGCAAGACGAGAUUCUGCUCAGCGGGAGACUCAUGUAGGACCAGCUGCAGCAAAUAUGGGGCGAACAGAAUCACCACAUGCAUGCAUGAUAUGCUAGCCGGCCAUGUCUUAAAAGGCGGGCAUAUACUCUUUGCUUCUUCCUCGUGUUUCGAAUCCUCAUAGACAUUCUCUUAAAUCCAUAUCCCGUCUCUCUCUCUCUCUCUCUCUCUCCGCCCUCACCACAUCACAGAGCGUCCUGGCAGUGUCGUGAUCUUCACUCAAGUCACCUCCCUCCCACGAUGGCCGACUUCCUGGCGCCCCAGACCACAGCCCCGGGCAGCGUCGACGCCUCCCGUCGCCUGCAGGCCCCCAUCCACUCGGAACGACACGUCCGCAUCAUCACGGUCGGUGCCGGCGCCUCGGGGCUGCUCAUGGCGUACAAGCUCCAGAAGCACUUUAGCAACUACUCCCUCCGCGUCUACGAGAAGAACCCAGAGGUCGCGGGCACGUGGUACGAGAACAAGUACCCCGGCUGCGCGUGUGACGUGCCCAGCCACAACUACACAUGGUCCUUUGAGCCCAAGCUCGACUGGUCCGCCGUCUACCCGCCCGCCAAGGAGAUCUUUGCCUACUUUGACGGCUUCGCCGACAAGUACGGCCUCAAGCAGUACAUCAAGACGGAGCACCAGGUGAUAGGCUCGUACUGGAACAGCCAGCGAGGGGGCUACGACGUCAAGGUCAAGGACCUCAAGACGGGCACCGUGGUCCACGACCACUGCGACAUCCUGAUCAACGCCAGUGGCAUCCUCAACAACUGGAAGUGGCCUGCCAUCCCGGGCCUCAAGAACUACAAGGGCAAGCUGCUCCACACCGCCAACUGGGACGACUCGGUAUCUCUCGAGGGCAAGCACGUCGGCCUGAUUGGCAAUGGGUCCUCCGGGAUCCAGGUCCUCCCCGCCAUCAGGGACAAGUGCGCCAAGGUCACCACAUUCAUCCGCGAGCCGACCUGGGUGUCCCCCGUGCAGGGACUCGAGCAGCACCAGUUCUCCUCUGACGAAGUCGAAACCUUUGUCAACAAGCCCGGUGCCUUGCUGCAGUACCGGAAGGAGAUUGAGUCUGGCCUCAACGGCCAGUUUGGCAUCUUCCUCCGCAACAACAAGGUCAACCAGGACACACACGAGUACAUGCUCUCCCAGAUGAAGGAGAAGCUCGGCGAUGCCUACCUCGAGGAGAAGCUGAUCCCCGACUGGAGCGUCGGCUGCCGGCGUCUCACCCCGGGCGUCAACUAUCUCGAGUCCCUCACCAAGCCCAACGUCAAGGUGGUCUAUGGCGAGAUCAACUCCGUGUCCGAGAGGGGGUGCGUCUGCGACGACGGCAACGAGUACCCCGUCGACGUGCUCAUCUGCGCCACGGGCUUCGACACGACGUUCAAGCCUCGCUUCCCGGUGGUCAACCCUGCGGGCGAGAACCUGCAGGACAAGUGGGCGGCCGAUCCCGAGUCAUACCUGGGCCUGGCCGCCGCCGACAUGCCCAACUACCUCAUCUUCCUCGGGCCCAACUGCCCCAUCGGCAACGGGCCUGUCCUCUGCACGAUCGAGGCGCAGGCCGACUACAUGUGCAAGCUCAUCGACCGGUACCAGACGAGCAACGUCGCCACCUUUGCCCCCAAGGCGGACGCCGUGCGCGACUUUGUCGCCUACAAGGACUGGUUCAUGAAGGGGACCGUCUGGGCGGACAGCUGCCGCUCGUGGUACAAGAACGGCCCGGACGGGCCCAUCACCGCCCUCUGGCCCGGGUCGGCGAUGCACUACAUUGAGACCAUGCGCGACGUGCGCUUCGACGACUUUGACUUUCAGUACGCCGGCAACCGGUUCUGCUUCCUCGGCAACGGGUACUCGCAGACCGAGCUGGACCAGACGGCCGACUGGGCCUUUUACAUUCGAGAGUACGAUGAUGACCCGCCCCUCACGACCGGCGGGCGGCGCAAGGUGAUGAGCAAGAGUGGCAGCAUCGUCGACCGGCAGACUGUGAGUUUCAGCGGCAUGCCGAGCGAGGCGGAGAAGAAGCAGCAACAGCAGCAGCAGCUUGCGAGGGAAUCGCGUCUAUAA